AUGAGUCUCGUACAACAUUCUUCAAGUGAGGCUGCCUCACCUGUUCCCAUCAUCGAGACAGACGACCAAGGAAGACCCGUGAAAUCAACAAGUACAAACGGUUACUUCCCCUCCUCCAGCGGCCAACAUCUUCCUUCUUCUGCCAACGGAACUGUUACUCCUUCGUUCAUCGACAACAUGUCCCAUCUCUCUGUUGUCCGUGCCAGAGACGACUCUGAAGCUGCGUCUGUCCGCUCCACGAGCUCUCGCACCUCGAGAAAGCCCCAGAUGCAGCUUGCGAGCUAUCAGGAUGAGUUCACCACCAGCGUCUACGGCUCUCGCUUUGCGGGCAUGGAUCUCCCCAGGCAUCAUAUGCCAGAGAAUGAGAUGCCCCGCGACAUUGCGUAUCGCAUGAUCAAGGAUGAUCUGAGUCUCGACAACAACCCCAUGCUCAACUUGGCAUCUUUUGUUACUACUUACAUGGAAGAUGAAGCCGAAAAGCUCAUGGCUGAGUCCUUCUCCAAGAACUUCAUCGAUUACGAAGAGUACCCUCAAUCCGCCGACAUUCAGAACCGCUGUGUCAACAUGAUCGGCGAUCUUUUCCACGCGCCUCCCGGCGAAUCAGUCGGUACAUCCACUGUUGGUUCAUCAGAAGCUAUUAUGCUCGCUGUCCUGGCCAUGAAGAAGCGCUGGAAGAACCGCAGGCAAGCUGAGGGAAAGAGCACCGAGCACCCCAACAUCGUCAUGUCAUCUGCUGUGCAAGUCUGUUGGGAAAAGGCCACUCGUUAUUUCGAGAUUGACGAGAAGCUCGUCUACUGCACUCCUGAUCGCUUCGUCAUGGAUCCUGAUGAGGCUGUUGAUCUGUGUGACGAGAAUACCAUUGGCAUGUGUGCUAUUCUCGGAACUACUUACACUGGCGAGUACGAGGAUAUCAAGGCCAUCAACGAUCUCCUCGUUGAGCGAAACCUUGAUGUUCCUAUUCACGUCGAUGCUGCCAGUGGCGGUUUUGUCGCUCCAUUCGUGGUCCCCGACCUAGAAUGGGAUUUCCGAUGUGAAAAGGUUGUUUCCAUCAACGUUUCAGGUCACAAGUACGGUCUUGUGUACCCUGGUGUUGGUUGGGUCAUCUGGCGAUCUCCCGAGUAUCUUCCUCAAGAGCUCGUCUUCAACAUCAACUACCUCGGAGCUGACCAAUCCUCUUUUACCCUCAACUUCUCCAAGGGUGCAUCACAGGUCAUUGGCCAAUACUACCAGCUCAUCCGUCUCGGAAAGCAUGGUUACCGUGCUAUCAUGAGCAACCUUACCCGUACUGCCGACUACCUGACAGAAACCCUGGAGAACCUGGGUUUCGUCAUCAUGUCAGAACGAUCUGGAGCUGGUCUCCCCCUCGUUGCCUUCCGAUUCAAGACUGUUGAAGAGGGCGGUGAUCCUGAUCGCUACUACGAUGAGUUUGCUCUCGCCCACCACCUCCGAUCUCGAGGUUGGGUCGUCCCCGCUUACACCAUGGCUCCCAACUCUGGUGUCAAGAUGUUGCGUGUUGUUGUCCGAGAGGACUUUACAAAGAGUCGAUGUGACCAGCUUAUCUGCGAUGUCAAGCUGUGCCACGGUCUUCUCAAGGAGACGGAUCAGGAGUCUAUCAAGAAGCGUGAAGAGUACAUCAGGAAUCAUAUUUCUGCCAUGGGUCGUGGAAAGCAUGCCCACCCUGUUUACAAGGGCGAGUCGCAUUCUCUCCAGGGCAAGACUGGCAAGACACAUGCUAUUUGCUAG